UGUAGGAAUCUGGAAGAGUGGAGGAGUGAGUCAUAAAUAAAUUAAUUGCAAGAAUCUGAAAGACUGGAGACUUCCGGUGGGUCAGUUAGUCUGGGAACGAACUGGGUGGAAGUGACCUACGUGGGUGGUGGUGGUGGUGGCGCCCAUUCCAAAUUCUUUUUAACUACUAAUGCUUAAAACACCAAUAAACAGGUGAGUACGACUUUGUUUUUUUUGUUUCUCUCUUUCUUUUUUUUACUAUUAUUUUCUCUCCUUUUACAUAUUUUCUUUUCUUUUCUCUGUUCCUCCUCCUCCUUUCAUUGUCUCUGGUCAUGGUUUGCGUGGAGGCCUCUAACAUCUUCAACGUGUACUGAACUUUUUGAGAUAGAAAAGUGAGCUUUUAUUUUAAUCAUUUUUUAACUUAAAUCAGAAACCACCCAUUACCCAAAGAAGAUUGUUCAAUAGUCUCGUCUCCCCUUAUUUUAUUUCCAAACCCAUUUUCCAAAACACUACAAUUUAUUGGAAGAUCCACUUCUUUGAGUCUUCUACUUGUAUACAUUGCGACUAUACAAAUUUUGCUUUUAGGGGUUUUGGUAUUUUUCUCCAGAAAACAGAGUUUGUUUUCCUGUUCAAGACCUCAAUAACUCUUCUUCAACUGUAGUAUUUUGAUUUGGUUUUUGGGAUUUACUAAACUUUCCCUCAAAAAGGAACCUGGGUUUUGCUUGAAAGUGGAAAAAAACCAGUGGGUUGUUUGUAAUUUAACCAUUUAACGCAAGGGAAAAGGAGUAGAUAAUUUCAAAAGUGCUUUCGUUUUCAAGUUCAUCAUGUCUGCAGCUCUGUUAUGGGUUGUUUCGCCCAAUUCUGAGGUCUCUAGUGGGUUCGGAUUCUUAGAAUCUGUCCGAGAAGGAAACAGACUCUUAGAUUCAUCCAAAUUCAGCCCUAGAGAGAGGACUUUGAUUUGCCAUGGCAGAUUCAAAAAAGUCAAGAAACAAAGCUACAAGAUAGAGAAGAAAGGCAAUUUUCCUGUACUUUCAAGCAUGGUUGCAAACCCUGCUGGAGAAUUGGCAAUCACAUCUGAACAAAAGGUUUACGAUGUUGUUUUGAAACAAGCUGCGUUAGUUAAGAAACACCUCAAAUCUGAAGAGGAGUAUGAUGUGAAACCUGAUAUUGUUCUUCCGGGGACUUCGAGCUUGUUGAGCGAGGCCUAUGACCGGUGUGGCGAAGUUUGUGCAGAGUAUGCAAAGACAUUUUACUUGGGAACGCUGCUAAUGACGCCCGAGAGGCGAAGAGCUAUCUGGGCAAUAUAUGUGUGGUGUAGGAGGACAGAUGAGCUCGUUGAUGGGCCUAAUGCGUCACACAUAACUCCUACAGCUUUAGACCGAUGGGAAUCUAGACUUGAAGAUCUUUUUCGAGGAAGGCCAUUUGAUAUGCUCGAUGCUGCUUUGUCAGAUACGGUUACAAAGUUUCCCGUUGAUAUUCAGCCAUUUAAAGAUAUGAUAGAAGGAAUGAGAUUGGACCUGAAGAAGUCUAGAUACAAGAACUUUGAUGAAUUAUAUCUCUACUGUUACUAUGUGGCCGGGACUGUGGGAUUGAUGAGUGUUCCGGUUAUGGGAAUUGCGCCUGAAUCUCAGGCGACAACAGAGAGCGUCUAUAAUGCGGCCUUGGCUUUAGGGAUUGCGAAUCAGCUGACCAACAUUCUCAGGGAUGUUGGAGAAGAUGCCAGAAGAGGAAGGGUAUACCUACCACAAGAUGAAUUGGCACAGGCAGGGCUUUCAGAUGAGGACAUAUUUGCAGGAAAAGUAACAGAGAAAUGGAGGAACUUUAUGAAGAAUCAAAUUAAGAGGGCCAGGAUGUUCUUUGAUGAGGCUGAGAAAGGUGUCACUGAGCUCAGCUCUGCCAGUAGAUGGCCUGUGUGGGCAUCGCUGUUGUUGUAUCGCCAAAUAUUGGAUGAGAUUGAAGCCAACGAUUACAACAACUUCACUCGAAGGGCUUAUGUUAGCAAACCCAAGAAGAUUGUCGCAUUGCCCGUUGCCUACGCUAAAUCUCUUGUUCCCCCAUCAAGAUUGUCAUUGCUUUCGGCAAAGUCGUCAUAGAAAUGAAACUCUACUUGGAAAUUCAAUGUCUCAAAACCAAUAAUGGAAUUAUAUAUAUAGCUUGAGAGAAAAAUGGCAAAAUUUGUAUGUAUAUUAGAAAAUUUUUAUAAUGCAGUAAGAAUUCAUUAAGAUUAGAAUAGUAUUUUCUGUGUGUUUUCAAAA